CUCCAUUUCUCCGUUACCAUUACAGAGAAAAUCAAAGAAAUUUGGCGUUGAGAGAUUGGGAGAGAGGUUUCUCUUUCUAGGGUUGCUUCUUCUUCUUCAUCCUCCAUUGUUGCAAAUUUCACUUCCUUCUCCUCUUGUUCUCAUCUCCCAUGGCGCUCUCUGAUAAACCCUCUCGCCAAUCUCUGAUCCCCAGCUUCCUUUACUCUUCCCCUUCUUCCACUCGAACUCUUCCUCUCAUGAAGAUGCUUCAGUCUUCACCCACUCUCGAUUCGGUUUCCUCUCCUUCUCCUAAGACCUUUGUUAUUCCCUCCCCCACUGAGCCCUCUAAGAAGAUCGAGAUGUACUCUCCAGCCUUUUACACUGCUUGUACUUUUGGUGGAAUUCUCAGCUGUGGUCUUACUCAUAUGGCUGUUACUCCUCUUGAUUUGGUUAAAUGUAAUAUGCAGAUUGAUCCUGCGAAAUACAAAAGUAUUUCAUCUGGUUUUGGAGUUUUGCUCAAGGAGCAGGGUGUGAGGGGUUUCUUCAGGGGCUGGGUGCCUACCCUUCUUGGGUACAGUGCACAGGGUGCUUGCAAGUUUGGAUUCUACGAGUUCUUUAAGAAGUAUUACUCUGAUAUUGCUGGACCUGAGUACGCUGCUAAGUACAAGACCUUGAUCUACCUUGCCGGUUCUGCAUCUGCUGAGGUGAUUGCUGAUAUUGCACUUUGCCCUUUUGAAGCAGUGAAGGUUCGUGUUCAAACUCAGCCUGGUUUUGCUAGAGGUCUAGCUGAUGGACUUCCCAAGUUCGUCAGAUCUGAAGGAACUCUUGGGUUGUACAAGGGUAUUGUUCCACUCUGGGGACGACAGAUUCCAUACACGAUGAUGAAGUUUGCAUCCUUUGAGACAAUAGUUGAGAUGCUAUACAAGUAUGCCAUUCCCACACCAAAGGACCAGUGCAGCAAAUCUCUCCAGCUUGGUGUUAGUUUUGCUGGUGGAUAUGUGGCUGGUGUUUUCUGUGCUAUCGUGUCUCAUCCUGCCGAUAAUCUUGUGUCGUUCCUCAACAACGCCAAAGGAGCCACUGUUGGUGAUGCUGUCAAGAAGCUCGGAUUAUGGGGUCUCUUCACCCGUGGGCUACCUCUCCGUAUUGUGAUGAUUGGAACUCUUACUGGUGCUCAAUGGGGUAUCUAUGAUGCCUUCAAAGUAUUUGUUGGACUGCCUACCACCGGUGGCCCGGCGCCUGCUGCUGCCCCUGCACCUGCUGCAGCUGAGCUUGCAAAGGCGUGAGGUUGAUGCAUGAUAGACCAACAGGAGUUUUGUUGUUUUUCGCGAGUUGAGGAGAAACCUCUUCAUAGGAAAUUGAAUAAACAUAACCAUUUAGCGAUGCUGCUUACAGUCCUCAAAGCCUGAAGAAUAUCUUUAUAGAAUGGAUGGACCCUUUUCCAUUCGGUUUUUUGUUUCCCGUUUAUUACUCGGCAUUCAUUGAAUUUGUUAAGCCAAGGAUGGUUUUGAUCUCAUCCUUGUGCUAGCUUUUGGAUACUCGGCAUUCAUCCUUGCUAGCUUUUGUAGUAGUUAAGAAUUCAGAUAGAGAAUUGCAGUUUAAUGGUUUUAAAAACCAUGUCAGGAACAAACUUGUUGUACCACCCAUGUCAGCAACAAACUUUCGCCAAAUAAACUGACGGAUAAUGGGCAAAGGAACAAAAUUUGGCUGAGUUUUCA